AUGUGUACCACCCUGUUUCUGCUCAGUACCCUGGCCCUGCUCUGGCGCCGGUGGUUCGCCAAUCGUGUGGAACCGGAGCCCAGUGACGUGGAUGGGGCAGGGACGGGCAGCAGCUCAGAAACAGACCCCCAGGCCUCAAGCAGGGAGAAAGCACCUCAGAAGGAAGCCUGCGUGUCUCCCGGCUGAGCCCAGCCCUCCAGACAGGGAGCAGGUGGAGGAUGCAGGGC